AAACAUAGCAAAAGCAAACAGAAUGUUGUGCAAGAGUGAUGAAAACGGAGUUGUGUGACGACGAUCAAUAUUGUGGUUUCCUUGAUUCAUUCUCUGUUAAGAUGUACAGGGACUAAACGAAAUUAAUUAUCAGGAAGUUUUUCAAAAUGUUGCCAAAACAUUUUUGAAGAAGCAGUAUAUUUAGGGCAUAAGAAUUAUUAAACAGGCUGAAGAGUGUCUGAGGGAUUUAGCCUCCUGCUGAAACAUUGUUAACACGUAGACACAAAUUACGUCAGUGAGACUAAAGUCACAGCCUUCAAGUGAAAGUUGAACUUUGGAGAAGUAAAAGUCAGUGAGGGAGUAUCUCUGUGUACGCAUUUGAAGAAUGGGUUUUGCUAGCCAGCUCUACCUUCUAACAUGGAAGAAUUGGGUUCAUCGCAAAAGAAAAAAGGUUAGGCUACUGGUAGAACUCUGUUGGCCUCUUUUCAUUUUUAUCAUCAUUGUACUUGUCAGGAGAUCUGAACCACCUGAAUAUAAAGAAGAAUGCCAUUUCUACAGUCGGGCUUUGUUUUCGGCUGGCUGGUUGCCUACUCUGCAGUCCUUUGUCUGUGAUAGUCAACAUCAGUGUCACAGUAAUACAACACCUGGUGAAAAUGCUGGAAGCAUUAAUGACUUUCAAAGUUCAGGGUUAAAUAAAAUCCUCUGGGAUGUUGAACAAAUAUUUUCAAAUUCGACUGUAAUUGAAGAAGGAAGUAAGCUGUGGAUACAGGUUUCAGAUAUUGCCAAUCGUCUGGACCAAGACCAGUGGCAAGAGUUACCCUCAUCUUUGCCGCAAGACAAGUCAUUGGCUGAUUAUUUGGAAAACCCAACUGAAGUAAAGAACUUAAUGACUGAUGAAUUGAACCUAACGCCUGAUGUAGCUGAUGCACUGUUGAAUGCUCCUAUUACCCCUCAGCAGAUAUUUGAGUUGUUUGAAGGAGAUGAAUAUAAAAGUAUAGCCUGUAAUGCUACAGCGCUGAAGGCUGUACUAGAUAUAUCGGAUCCAGCUCUUCUUGAUAAGACAAAAAGGGAACUCUGUGAUCUUACCACCGAUGACUGGAAUAAACUCGGGGAAGAUAUUGUUCGAAACAUUGACUGGACUCAGCUUCUUGCAGGGACUGAUACAUUAGAUCCAACUUCUCUUGAAAAUCUGGACCCAUCAUCAUAUGCAGAUCUCGAUCCAAAGAAAUUAGAAGAACUCACCACACAACUUCAAAAUGCUGGAUUAACAGCUGUCGAAAAUUUUCCAUUAAGCAGUGUGAUUAACAAUCCAAACCAGUUGCAAACAUUCCUGACCCAGAAUAUCUCACUGUCUGAUGGAGCCACUAAUGCCUUACUACAGUCAUCGACUUCCGUUAAAGAAUUACAACUCCUUUCUGAAGGCAGUGCGAUGAGACCUAUUGUGUGCAAUACGACAACGCUGCGUGAAUAUGUGGACGUUGCGGAUCCCAGUUCGCUGCAAACACUCAGCGAUUCAUUGUGCAAUUUGACAGAUGCUCAAUUGGACGAGUUGUCCCAGGCAGUCAGCAAGCAGGUUAAUGUAACUACCUUCCUGAAACUUUUCAAUGUUACUGAUACAGAAUCAGCUAUGAAUCUUUUUGUUGAACUCUCAGACGUGGCUAAAGAGAUUCAAGAUCUCCAAAGUAUUGAAGUGUAUAUCCAGGAUAUUCAAACGCAGCUGGGUAACACAGACAUGCAAGCGCUUGUAUGUGGUUUAAGUACAGAUAAUGAUCUGUUAGCAGGCCAGGUUGAUGGACAACACGAAGGAGGGUUAGAUGGUGGGGAGACUAGAGUAUCGAGUAGCACUCCAUCCAUGAAAGAUAGUUGCAGUUUGGGAACAUUCAACUUCACAGGAGCCUUGGAAACCUAUGACGGAUGUCCAUUAGAUCUGAUGGAAGAUUCUGACGACCCUUGUGUUGUUGUACUGAUGCGGAUGUUGAAACCUCUUCUCCAAGGUGCAAUCUUGUAUACACCAAACAAUGAAGCUACAAAUAUAAUCAUUGAAAAGGCCAAGGCGCCCUUUGACACCUUGUGGAUGGUGAAUGACCUUGCAGAGCGAUGGUUGGCUUACUCGCCUAGGUUACGACAACUUAUAAGCCCUGAUGGCCAAUUAGGUCAGCUUGAGAAAACUUUGCAGAACCCAGUCGUAAGGGCUGCCUUAGAAGAAGCGUACGAAGCUGCAGCAAAUCAAUCAGACGUUGACUUCUCAAAGACAAUAGAUAUAGUGGAAUCCAUCAAUACUACUGAGUGGCUGCAAGUUCUUGAUGCAUUGGACAAUGUUGCAAACAUCACAAUUAAGAUGCUCAAGUGCAUCAAGAUUGACCGUUUCUUGGGUAUGGAGUCAGAGGAGACAAUGUUGGAGGAGGCAUCAAAGCUACUCACCAAUGAAACAUUCUGGGCAGGUGUUGUGUUUAUAGACAUGGAAGGUGCUGGUAGCACAAUUCCAGGGCAUGUGAAGUACAAAAUACGAAUGGAUUCCGAUAGAGUUGAAAAAACAAGAUACCUCACUGAUAGGUACUGGUCACCUGGGCCGAGAGGGGGAGUUAGCUUUGACCUAAAAUACAUUCAAAGUGGAUUUGUGUAUGUACAGGACAUGAUUGAACAAGGUAUCAUUAAAGCAUCUACCGGUGUUGAGAAAGCGGGUGCAGGCAUCUAUGUGCAACAGUUUCCUUAUCCAUGCUAUAUCGAUGAUUUGUUUGUGUUUGAAUUGUCUGGCGCCCUCCCAUUGUGGAUGACCAUUUCCUGGGUUUAUUCUGUCGCCAUGAUCAUUAAAAGCAUUGUAUAUGAGAAGGAGAAACGUCUGAAAGAAGUAAUGAAAGUGAUGGGCCUCAGUAACGGGGUGCAUUGGGUGGCUUGGAUGAUCAAUAGCUUCACAGUCAUGUUCCUCAGUUCAAUCCUCCUUAUUAUUGUUAUCAAGCAAGGCGACCUCCUGAUAUACAGUGACCCCUUUGUGCUCCUGUUUUUCUUCUCAUCAUUCAGUAUCUCCACAAUUGCCCUCUGCUUUCUGAUAAGUGUUUUUUUCUCACGUGCCAACUUAGCAGCUGCAUGUGGUGCGGUGUUUUACUUCGCUACGUAUGUGCCGUACACCAUGGUAUACUCAUGGGAUGAGUAUAUGUCAACUGGAGCGAAGUUUACUGUCUCUUUGUGCAAUACGAUUGCCUUUGGUUACGGGACAACCUACUUGUCACUGUAUGAGAUCCAAGGAACUGGUGUCCAGUGGUCCAACAUCGCUAAAAGCCCAGUAACAGGUGAUAAUGGGUUUGGCUUCCUGCAGUCUAUCAUCAUGAUGUGGGUAGAUACUGUCAUUUACUUAAUCCUUGUGUGGUAUAUUGAAGCUGUGUUUCCAGGCCAGUAUGGGAUGCCUCGAGAUUGGUAUUUUCCUUUCACAAAAUCUUAUUGGUUUGGAAAAAGUGCAAAUAUAGACAAUAGUGAUGCAUGUGAACUUGGAAGAAUAUCUGAUGACGACCCUACCAUAUUUGAACGUGACCCGGAACAUCUAAAAUUGGGAGUGUCUAUCCGCAAUCUUGUUAAAGUCUACAAGCUCGGAAAAAAAACUGCAGUUGAUGGGUUGAAUCUGAAUUUCUAUGAAGACCAGAUCACCUCUUUUCUUGGACAUAAUGGCGCUGGAAAAACCACCACAAUGUCUAUACUGACAGGACUUUUUCCUCCAACAUCUGGAUCAGCGUAUAUCUACGGCAAGGAUGUUCGUAAAGAAAUUGACGAGAUUCGACGAAGUCUUGGCACUUGCCCUCAGCAUAAUGUCCUGUUUGAUGAUAUGUCCGUCAUAGAGCAUCUGUGGUUCUACGCCCGUCUGAAAGGUGCAUCUGAUAAAGACGUCCUCAUUGAAAUGGAACAAAUACUUGAAGACAUCGGGUUGCCACACAAACGACAUGAGCUCUCCAAGAAUCUCUCGGGUGGUAUGAAGCGCAAGCUAUCUAUUGCUAUGGCUUUCGUUGCUGGAUCUCGAACUGUAGUCUUAGAUGAACCAACUGCUGGUGUUGACCCUUAUGCACGUAGGGAGAUUUGGGAUCUUUUGAGCAAGUAUCGAAAAGGCCGAACCAUCAUCAUGUCCACCCAUCACAUGGAUGAGGCUGAUAUUCUGGGGGAUCGUAUUGCGAUCAUCUCUCAGGGUAAACUCUGCUGCUGCGGAACAUCGUUGUUCCUGAAGAGUCGAUUCGGACAGGGUUACUACUUGGUGCUUGCCAAACGGGUCGGUAAAGGCAACCCAAAGAUAGCCGACUUGGAGAUGAAAGUCAAAGGGGUAAUGGAUAUUCCCGCCUUAAAUGACAUCACACUGAAUCUUGAAGAUCUUGAUAAAGAUGAAGGUGUAGGCUCUGAAACAGCGUCAGAAUCUGCAACUGAAUAUCCAGUUAAUCUUGAAGGAGCUACUGGGGCUUGUGGGGGUACUGACAUAACAGAUCAUGGCCAUUGCUCGGAGGUAGAACUAACAAAAUUCAUUCAGCGCCACAUCCCAGAUGCAAAGGUCAAUGAGACCUUUGGUACAGAAGUCUCUUACAUCCUGCCAACAUUGGCAGCCAAAGGAGGUGCCUUUGAAGCUCUUUUCAAAGAUCUGGAAAAUAAUUUAGAUCUUCUACACAUCAACAGCUAUGGUAUCUCAGACACAACUCUAGAAGAGGUAUUCUUGAGUGUAGCUGAAGAGACAGGAGUAGACUCAGCUGAAGGGGAGAUCUUGACUGACAGUGGCCGUCUACCGCGUCCCUUCCUUGGUCGUGGCAGCUUACGUAGACGAAGCUAUCGUAUGCCCAAUUUGAGUUGCUCCGAUGAUCAGCAGACUUUGUUAGAUGAUGAUGAGUGUGAUAAUGUCCACCUCGAGGCUCUCAAUCGUGAAGAACAAGAAGAGGAUGUGUUUCCUUCAAUAGCGGAAACAGAAAAAACAUCAACAACACCAACUACACCGUCUGAAGUAGACAUUCUCGAUGAAGGUGCAGUGUCGUUCGGUUCUAGGAAGCAACACAGGACAAAUAUACAACAGACUCCAACUGCAGAUAACAUUCCCUAUAAUACCAAGUCAGCACCCCUAAGCCUGCACAGCACGGAUGCUUUACCCCUUACCAACGGUGGAGGGGACAGGAAAAGAAAGGUUGAUGCAGUGGGAGAUACAACAAUCCGACCAGUUCAUAAACGAUCAGCCUCCAAGGUUUCGUUCCAGUUAGAUGAUGGCGACAGUCCAUCUGAAGAGGCCACUGAUUAUAUGUCGUUGUCAACUCAGGAAAAUAUUUUGGGGGAGGAACGUAGGGUCAAGGGAAUCAACCUUAUUCGUCGACAGUUCUGGGCACUUUUCAUCAAACGUUUCCAUCACGCCAGGAGGAGUAAGAAAGGCGUGUUUGCGCAGGUGAUCCUUCCGGUGGCUUUUGUUUGUAUAUCGAUGCUGUUUGCCAUCAUCAUCCCGCCACUGUCACAACCAAGGUCACUAGCCCUGGUUCCAUGGAACUACGACCCCAAUAAUGUUUUCUACAGUAACGAUGCACCAUCAAACUUGUUUGCCGCUGAAAUGGAAGAUAACCUUGUCAACUAUCCUGGCAUUGGAACCAGGUGUAUGGAUGGUAACCCUGUACCAGAUAAACCAUGUGACCCUGAAAAUGCCACCAUGUGGACAAGACUUGGCCAAUCAGUGGACACCUCUCAGUCCUGUAGUUGUGAAACCGGUUAUCAGGUGUGCCCCUCUGGUGCUGAAGGCCCAGAGCCUCCACACCGCGUCACUGAAUCCACUGACACUCUUUAUAACCUUACUGGGAGGAACAUCAGUGACUAUCUUGUAAAGACAAUGGAAGACUUUAUAUUACAGAGGUUUGGUGGCUUUAGUUUCUUAGAAGUUGCCGAUUUUUCAAAUUUGACCAGGAAUAUUAGCAAUGAAAUUAUUGCAAACUUAUCUGGGACAAAUUUGGAGGAGCAAUUCCCAGAAGCUGAUCCUGAUCUCAUACCUUCUGUUGAUACAAUAAAAGAAAUCUACGAAGUGUUGCAAGACCUAACAGAACGAUACAAUUCAAAGGUUUGGUGGAAUAACAACGGCUGGCAUGCUUUACCUACGUACAUAAGUGUGAUGAAUAACAUGUUGUACCGAGCCAAUGUGAAUUCAUCUCAGCUUAGUUCAUAUGGAAUCACUGCUUACAACCACCCACUCAACUAUACACAAGUACAGCUGAAUGAAAAAGCUUUGCUUCGUAGCUCGAUUGAAGUUGCAGUAGCAACAUUUGUUGUGUUUGCAAUGGCGUUUAUUCCAUCCAGUUUCAUUGUGUUCUUGAUUGGUGAGAGGACAAGUAAAGCCAAGCACCUUCAGAUGGUCAGCGGGAUCAAUCCCACCAUCUACUGGGUAGCCAACUUCUGUUGGGAUCUGGUGAACUAUAUUAUACCAGCUUGUCUUGUGAUCUGUGUAUUCCUCAUCUUUCAACAAGACUCAUAUGUUGGACCCCAUAAUCUACCAUGCCUUAUUUUGCUUCUAAUAUUAUAUGGUUGGGCUAUCACUCCACUCAUGUACCCUGCCACCUUCGUCUUCAGUGUUCCAAGUACUGCUUACGUUGCUCUGGCUUCUGCUAAUAUUGUCAUCGGUAUCGUCACGAUGUCCGCCACAUUCAUCCUAGAAUUUUUAUCGGAGGAUGAGCACCUAACAAAUGUAAACAACAUGCUCAAGAUAUUGUUCCUAGUGUUUCCACAAUAUUGUCUUGGAAGAGGGUUAAUCGACAUGGCAACAAACCAACUCUAUGCAGAUACAUUCUCAAAAUAUACUGGUUUUUAUGAGUUUAGCAGCCCACUUAACUGGGAGAAAGUUGGUCGCAAUCUAUUUGCAUUGUUACUUGAAGGUUUCAUCUUCUUUGCACUCACCCUACUCAUACAAUACAAGUUUUUUGUCAGACCAAGACACAUUGAGCCUCCAAAGAAUAUAAGAGAGGAACCAGAGGAUGAGGAUGUUGCAAGAGAAAGGCAGAGGGUCCUCUCUGGUAGAGCUUCUACUGAUCUCAUGAGGCUGGAGAACCUCACUAAGGUGUAUCGUACAUCAAGAGGUCUGAACCUUGCUGUUGAUGGUAUAACCUUCGGAAUUCCAAAAGGAGAGUGUUUUGGUUUGCUGGGUGUGAAUGGAGCAGGAAAGACUACAACCUUCAAAAUGCUAACAGGGGACACCAACGUAACAUGUGGUACUGCAUAUGUCAAUUCCUAUAGCAUACUAACUGAUAUGGUCAAAGUAAAUCAAAAUAUGGGAUACUGCCCCCAGUUUGAUGCACUGGACUCAUUGCUCACUGGCAGGGAGCAUUUGGAAUUCUAUGCAAGGUUACGUGGUGUUCCUGAAGAAGAUAUUAAGAAGGAGGCAGAGAAUGGAAUCAAGAGACUGGGUCUUGUACAGUAUGCAGACAGAUCAGCUGGAAGCUACAGCGGUGGCAACAAACGCAAGCUCUCCACAGCAAUUGCCCUGAUAGGCAACCCUGCCAUUGUGUUCUUGGAUGAGCCGACGACUGGCAUGGACCCAAAAGCACGCCGUUUUCUAUGGAACUGCAUCACAAGCAUGGUAAAGGAAGGGCGUUCUGUUAUCCUGACAUCUCAUAGUAUGGAGGAGUGCGAGGCAUUGUGUACCCGUAUAGCUAUCAUGGUCAAUGGUAGAUUUAAAUGCUUGGGAAACAUACAACAUCUCAAGAACAAAUUUGGAGAUGGUUACACAAUUACCAUACGAGUAGGUGGACACCAGCCUCAACUAAGGCCAGUGAUUGACUUCAUGAGUCAUACAUUUCCACAUGCCAACCUCAAGGAAUACCAUCACAACAUGAUGGAGUUCCAGAUCCCCUCACCAAAGACGUUCCUCUCAAAACUCUUUGGCCAACUCGAAGCGUACAAGCAACGACUGAACAUAGAAGAUUACUCUGUUAGUCAAACAACUCUGGACCAGGUGUUCAUAUCAUUUGCUAAGCAACAGAAGACAGGAGAUGAAUUAGCAUUUAAUGAAGAUGAUACAGCAGACGAUCCUGUUUCUAAUCAAAUUCAGCUUACCUCAGGUGGUGUACGAUUCCAUAAUAGACAGGUAUCUGUGGAGGAGAAUUACGGUGGAUAUUCCAACCCCAUAUACAGCCGUGCUGUACCUGAAGCAGCAACAACUGCUGAGGCACCUCGUAACCAGCAUGGCUUCAGUAACCCAAUGUUCCAUGUUGCCAAUGCAUCCAGUAACUCAUCUCAGUGUUAGUAUACACAGCCUGGAAUAAAUAGUACAACGAUCGUGUGAGAGGCUCAAAUACUUCAGGGAAUGACAAAGUCUUCUUUCUAAAUUGUGGAGGGAAGAGUAUACAUGAGUAAUUUUUGAGAUUGAGACCUUUUUAUAGAAAAUCUUUCAUUUUUUAUGUUUUUGAUAUGGUAAGAAUGAGAAGUGGAGCAACAGGGUAUCUUUUGUGAGAUUUUUCAAACAAUAUAGAAUGCAGUGUGUCUUAAGACAUGGCUUUGUAAAUUUUGAUAUGACAGUGUUAGGCUUGGCUUUGUUUAUUUUUGUUUAUCAUUUGAAACCUGUGCAGGUUUAUGCCUUAGACAGUGCAAUUACAUACUAGUUUGUGCACAUUAUAUUUAGUUUAGAGAUUAAAGAUAAUUUUAUGGAGGUUGAACAAUUUUAUUGGUAAAUAUAUCUAGGAAAUGUGUGCUUAAUACUUAAAAUAUGCAAACCUUUUUAGUGAAAAUUUUAUAAUCUUAAUAAAUUUUAAACAAAUUAUGUUUUUUUUAUAUAUAUAUAUAUAUAAAUUUGGGGAAACACUCCUAAAUUCUUCAUAUUUAGGCUUCAGCAUAAAUAAAAAAUACAUUAAAAUUAUAGGUAGGAGACAUUGUUUGAAUGCCUACUAGAUGACUUGUUCAACGUAGUGUUAUAAAACACCAAAGUAUUUCCAAUGGGGUCCAGAAUCCAGAAUUGUUACACUAUACUAUACAAAAUAUAUACAGAUGUGAUCCAAAUAUAUCAGUGGGUGUAAUAAAAUAUAUAGUAUUAUAAUUUAGGACAUUUUCAAACAUAGGGGAAAAGGUUGCCAAGAGGUGAAAGAAAAGAUUACAACAAAAUAGGCCAACAUGUUUUGAUUUGCUUUGGUGAGAGUUACAGAUUAUAAAUAUUGGGGAACUGUAAAUUUAGUCACUCAAUCUCUUGUAAUACUAGCGGUUUUUACCUGAAAUAAACAUGUAAAGCAUUGAA